CACGGAUUGUCUCGAUUGUUCUCAUAGUCUGCAUAUUCCUCCUUCCUCCUAUGCGUCAGCAUUAUUCAGAUUGAGUACGCUCCACACCCGGUGCACGUUAGUAGCUUCCGACCGCUCGACCGACACCCGCUCAGGUCACAGGGACAUUCAAGGGCUAAGAGCUUGUUGUAGAAAGCAUGGCCAAGCAUCAUCCUGAUUUGAUUAUGUGCCGAAAGCAGCCAGGAAUUGCAAUUGGACGGCUUUGUGAAAAGUGUGAUGGGAAGUGUGUGAUCUGUGAUUCCUAUGUGCGUCCUUGCACACUUGUGCGAGUUUGCGAUGAAUGCAACUAUGGAUCCUUUCAGGGUCGAUGUGUCAUCUGUGGAGGAGUUGGAAUCUCAGAUGCCUACUACUGCAAAGAGUGUACACAACAAGAGAAGGAUAGGGAUGGGUGUCCGAAAAUUGUCAAUUUAGGGAGUGCCAAAACAGACCUGUUCUACGAACGGAAGAAAUAUGGUUUUAAGAAACGAUGAGAUUGACAUUGGGUAAUUUUCUUGCUACGUGUUCUCUCUGUGCCCUCAUAUUCUAUAGACUGAGAUGAUGCAUUUUAAGGUGUUGAAACAAAGUUUUGGGGCUUCAUUUUGUAUUCGUAGGACUUUGCCAGUUUCUGAGAAUUGUAGCUGGAGGGUACUAAUCAUCGUAAACCCUAUCAAUCAUGGCCUAUAAUGAAUUGAUUGAACUAUAAGUGUGGAUUCUGUAGUUUUUCUCUUACCUACUCUAUUUUUACUACAUCUUGGUCUCCUACACUCCAGAUUUCAAUUUUUUACUGUAGAGAUUUUCUCUCUCAUUCAUAAUUAGGUUUCUUAUGCGGGCUCAUGAUCAACCCUUUCCAUUGUAUUGACUCAGUAUGCGGAGAUUGGUUUUUUCAACACUUUUUUAAGUAGUUGGGAAUAUUAUUUUAA